AUGCCUCUGAGAGAAGCCAGCGACAUAACCAGAGCCAUAAACAUGAUUAACAAGGCGGUUAUGUCUCGGUUGCCCAUGCUUCUGCUCUCGACUGAUGCAAACAAAGCUUUUGACCGAGGGAACUGGGCCGUCAUGUUUGCAAUCCUGGAGCAUGCCUCCAGUGAGAAAGUGCUUUGUGUGCCUAUACCCCCAAAGCCUCUAGCAGAAACUGUAAUUAAUCUUACCUUAAUCCACAGAUUUGAGAGUUACUUUUUCCCAUUGGGACACAACACAAGUAUGGAGUUACAGUACUAUAUCGUGAUCAACCAAUGGUGCUAUGAACAUGUUGUGCCAGAUUAUUCAAAGGUCUUUCCUUACCUCAUCUUAAUUAACUCAACAGUUCUUUUGAUUGCCGGCAAUUUUUGGUUUAAAUUUCCUAUGACACGUUCAAAGAUUGAGCAGUUUGUUACUGUUCUUGGGAUGUGUCUUGCAUCUCCUUGGACCAUUAAAGCCCUUUCUAGGGCAGUGCAUGAGGAGUCAAGGAAUUAUGCACUUCCAUUAGAAACAAAGGCUUCAGAAAGUAACACUAAAGAUAAGGCUUUGGAAACCGUAGCUGAAUCUCCAGCCCCGAUUAUGCCAUCUGUCUCUCAGAUAGGAAAUCUAGAACAGUCCUUAACCACAGAACAACCAGAAGAUCUACCAAAGCCUCCACAAAAACGAGUCAAUUUCCACUUGGAAGAGGUCCAGAGACCACAAGCCAUCUAUAGGAGAUCCAAGAAGUUUAUGAAAGUGGUGGCAGGCAAAGGAACCACAGAGUCAAUUCUUGACAAGAAAGAAGGAGAGCAGGCAAAGGCUCUUUUUGAAAGGGUUAAAAAUUUCCGUCUUCACACAGAGAAGAAAAGCCUGCUUUAUUAUACGUACAAAAUGCAAGCUCUUUUCAGACUGUUACAAGCAACAGCCUUUUUGUCAUAUGUUACUUAUCAUACACCAGAUAUGAAAUUUCAGUUCCACUGUGUGGAGCCACAAAACAUUUCAGGGUACACCGAGUUCUCCUGUGUUUUUGUGCCUUGCAGAAUGUUUACCAUGUUGUCCAUCAUCUACCUGUUAGUACUUUUCAUCUACACCUUUAUAUUCCUCUAUACUCUAUACUGGAUCUUCUGUUACAAGUUACAAGAAUACUCUUUUGAGAUAAUCCGGAAAGAGACAAGAAUAGACGACAUCCCUGAUGCUAUCAAUGAUUUUUCUUUUCUUCUUCAUCUGAUCGAUCAAUAUGAUCAGCUUUACGCAUGGAAAUUUGCCAUCUUCCUAUCGGACGUCAGCGAAACCAAGCUGGAUCUAAUAAACAUGAAUAACUACUGGACCCAAGAGAAACUUAGGCAACGCUUAAGCAUCAACUCGGAAGGCAAGACUGAGCUUCGGUUACCAACUCUCCCUGGCAUCCCAGAAGAGCUCUUUCAAUUAGCAGAAGUUGAGGUUCUUAAACUUGAGAAGAUAAAAAGUGCAACUUUAUUAAGAGAUGUAUCCAACCUGAGGUUACUAAAAGAACUUUGGAUCAUGAACUGUAACAUAAAGUUAGAAACACGAGCUCUAGACUUUUUGAAGAAGAACCUACAUAUCUUAAGAGUGAAUUUCAGCAAUCCAGAUGAGAUUCCAUCGUGGAUGUACAACCUAUCAUCUCUUCGGGAGCUCUACAUCAAUGAUGACUUUCAUUUGGAAAUUAAGACCAGUGUUUCCUUACAGUCCUUUAAGGAACUUGCAAAGCUCAAGUCUCUUUCACUCAAACUACACACAUCUUCUGUUCCUUCAACUAUAAUACGUUUGGCCCAAACUCUUGAAAGCCUUACCAUUCAUAAUGGUGAUUUUAAACUGUCUUCUGUCUCAAUCUUGAAAAAGUUGACAAAUCUGAAACAUCUUAGACUCAACCAUUGCCAGCUGGAUCACAUACCCAGUUCUAUAUUCAGUUUAGUGAAACUCCAGGAGGUGGAUUUCAGCAAUAACAACCUGAACUUCCUGGAGGAACUGACCAGCCUACAGCAACUGAAGAAUCUAGUCUCCUUGAAUCUUUCCCACAAUAACAUAUCCUCUAUCCCUUCACAUAUUGCUAGAGUAUCCAGUCUUGAGAAACUGUUUAUAAACAAUAAUUAUCUGACAUCGAUAUCUUCAGCAGUCUUCAAAUUGACCAGGUUGUCCUGUUUAGACCUCUCAAAUAAUGAGAUCCACUUAUUGCCUGAAGAGAUUGGGAUACUUGUUGACCUGGAAUGUCUCUCAAUUUCUCAUAACAAGCUGACCUCCCUGCCCAAUCAACUUUACUCCUGCACAAAGCUUCACACCCUGAAGCUUUCCCACAACAAUAUUUCCAUAAUUUCAUCACUUAUUGGUGAGUUAACACAGUUAACCUACUUGGAUCUGCUGGAGAACCAACUGGAGAAACUACCCAUAGAACUGGAGAAAUGCACCCACUUAAAAAGGAACCAGUUGUUGGUGGAGAAUAUGAUCAUUGACACCUUGCCCUAUGAAGUGAGAGAAAGAAUGGAGAAUUGUUCUACUUCACGAAUGGAUGUAAGCAUCGAAGACUAA